AUGUACGUGUGUGUAUCUAUUUGCUGCACAAUACACAUACUAAUAGACGACAGAGACGAAGACGAGGAGGGCGAUGACUACGAGCUGGACUAUGCGAGCUUGAACGCCAAUCCCGAGCUCCUGCGCAUGCUUGGCGCCAGCGAGAGAGUCAUUGCCGCCAAAGAAGCAGAAGUGUCUGCCAUCGUUUCGACAUGGGCGCCACCCCCAGAGCCCGGCCUGGAGAACAGUACCACCAUCAUCGCAGACUCAGCCGCAGUUGUGCUAGGAAGUGGCAAGGCGCCGUGCGGUAGUGGUGUAGCCCGAGUGUCCAAACUUGUUGGUGGCUUCGACCAAGACGCCGCAGCCGCUGCUGCUACAGCGCAGGAAGCUCCAGGUUGGAAGGUCAGUUCCAAAGACGAAUCGUGGGACGAGGCAUCAGCCAAUCGACAUGCGUGGUGGGAGUCUGGCUCGGAAGACGAGGAGUAUGAGAUGAUGUCAGCUAUGUCGCCCAAUCUACAGGCGGUCCUGGGCCUACGCAGGCCAUCAGGAACAGACACCGCGAACGCAGAGCAGGGCGACAACAAGAACGAAUGGCACCCCCCAUCGUUCGCCGGCCUCAGCAACAGCAGGCGCGUCACGGUGCUAAGGCCGCUUGUUGUUGGCCACGGCAAGAUGUUUGACGUGGAGUACAGGAACAGAGGGCAGCAGGAGGAAGAGGAAGGGGAAGACGGGGAUGGGGACGAUGACUUGUCGGAAGGAGAAGGGUGGGACUACCAAGGUAUAACCUUCAAAGCGAUUCGCCGUACAUGUCAAAAGACGACUACGAUUCGUACGUGCGGGAGUGGAGCACCAACGUAUCUCCGAACCUCGCGAGGACUAUGGGAUGCCCAAGCUCGGUGGAACAGAAAGCGAAGGCGCUGUCGAAACAAUUAUCUUGGGAAACUCCGGCGUCGUUUGGUCUGA